AUGGCAUCACUCCAUUUUGCUAGCAGCUGGUGUAACGCAUUAGAAAAAGUGAAAACUCGUUUGCAAGGAGAAGUGGAAGAUUUGAUGAUUGAUAUUGAGCGUGCAAAUGCUAAUGCAUCAGCUAUGGAUAAAAAACAAAAGCAAUUUGAUAAAUUGAUCAAUGAAUGGAAACAAAAGUGUCAAGAUAUCACCGUUGAAUUAGAAGUAUCUCAAAAAGAAGCACGACAAUGUUCUACCGAAUUGUUUAAACUAAAAACACAAUAUGAAGAAUCGCACGAACAAAUUGAUGCAUUGAGAAAAGAGAAUAAAAAUUUGACUGAUGAAAUUAAAGACUUAAUCGAUCAAUUGGGAGAAGGUGGCAAGUCGACGUAUGAACUAGAUAAACAAAGAAAACGUUUGGAAAUGGAAAAAGAAGAAUUGCAAGCAGCAUUAGAAGAGGCGGAAUCGGCAUUCGAACAAGAAGAAGCAAAAAGUUUACGUGCACAAAUAGAAUUGUCAACGGUGAGACAAGAAAUUGAUCGGCGCAUUCAUGAAAAAGAAGAAGACUUUGAAACUACAAGACGUAAUCAUCAGCGUGCUCUUGAUUCAAUGCAAGCUAGUUUAGAAGCUGAACAAAGAUCAAAAGCUGAAGCAUUGAAACAAAAGAAAAAAUUAGAAACUGACAUCAAUGAAUUAGAAAUUGCAUUGGAUCAUUCAAAUCGUGCAAAUAGCGAUUUGCAAAAAUCUGUUAAAAAAUUUCAGCAAUCAAUUGCUGAUUUAGAAGUACAAGUUGAAGAAGAAGAACGACAACGUAAUGAAGCAAGAGAAGCAGCUGCAAUUGCUGAACGUCGUGCUAAUUUGAUUACUGGUGAAUUAGAAGAACUACGUACGGCUGCAGAACAAGCGGAACGUGCACGAAGAGUAGCUGAAAAUGAGUUGCACGAAGCAGCUGAUCGCAUCUCAGAAUUAAGUAUACAAAAUGUCAAUUUAUCGUCACAACGUCGACAAUUAGAAUCGACAGUAGUUGCUAUGCAAGCUGAUUUAGACGAAGCCGUUGCCGAACUAAAAAAUAGUGAAGAACAAUCGAAGAAAGUUGGAGCAGAUGCUGCACGUUUAGCCGACGAACUACGACAAGAACAAGAACAUGCAUUGCAUGUUGAACGUUUAAGAAAGGGUUUAGAGCAACAGAUCAAAGAUCUUCAAACACGUUUAGAUGAAGCAGAAGGUCAUGCAAUGAAAGGUGGAAAACGAAUUAUUGUUAAGCUUGAGCAACGAAUUCAUGAAGUUGAAAGUGAAUAUGAAAUGGAACAACACCGUCAUACAGAAACCCUCAAAGAAUUACGUAAAAAUGAUCAGCGUUUGAAAGAGUUAACCUUUCAAACAGAAGAAGAACGCAAACAUCAGCAGCGAUUAAACGAUUUGAACGAUAAAUUACAACAAAAACUUAAAAUUUAUAAACGACAAGCGGAAGAAGCAGAAGAAAUUGCGGCUUUAAAUCUUGCUAAGUAUCGUAAAGUUCAAGCAGAAUUAGAAGAUGCAGUUGAUAGGGCUGAUGUGGCAGAAAAUCAAUUGUCAAAAUUACGUAGUAAAAAUCGCUCAACAGUAUCGGUUAACGGAUCAUCAACAUCACCGCGCGAACAUACUCGACAACCAAGUAUGGCUACUGGUCGUGCGUCAUCCAUCAUUCGACCACAUUGA